UUCAUAGUUCAGUGCAAGAAAUUUGGUUUAAGUGUAUACUUCCUCCCUGAAAAUUUGGUUGUGUGCUUAGGUAACUCAACCUGAACUCCACUGUCAGUUUCAUGCUCUUGGGGCUGGGGUUAUAGAGGAAGUGCGUGUCCAGAGAGAUAAAGGAUUUGGAUUUAUUAGAUACAACACUCAUGAAGAAGCAGCCUCGGCCAUUCAGAUGGCUAAUGGUAGGAUAAUUCGUGGCAAACCCAUGAAGUGCUCAUGGGGCAGCAAGCCAACUCCUGCCGGGACCAUUUCAAAUCCGUUACCGCCUCCAACCCAACCAUAUCAAAUCCUUCCAAAUGCAAGCAUAAACCAAGGCUAUUCUUCAGCUGAGUUGUUGGCUUAUCAGCGCCAACUUGCCUUAAGUCAGGCUGCUGCAUCUGGCCUCUCAGGUCAAGCUCUUAUGCAGAUGACUGGACAGCAUGGCAUGGUUGCUGCUUCCAUGGGAUCCAGCUCUGGGGGAUCCCAGGCCAUGUAUGAUGGAUAUCCAAACAAUUCAUCCGCCCAACAGCUCAUGUAUUAUCGUUGAUGGGUGUCUCAGUUCUUUUGGGUAGCACUAAUACCACAUCAUUUUCCUCUUGGUCAUUGUCAGUAAUGUAUCUUUUCUUAACUUUGGGCUUUCUGCUUGAGAUAUGUGAGUCAUUCUUCAAUCACUUGAAAUUUCUUCUCUCUUGAAUUAUGUAAGAUAUAGAUUAUACGUUUGGCUUUGUAACGGGAUCUUCUUUUGGAUUUUGUAUCCUUAUUCAUCUCAUUACAUAUGGAUGGAUGGUGCUUUUAA